AUGGCCAACGCGCCGCCGGCCCUCUUUCCCGGGUGGGAAUGGCCCUGUUGGUACUGGGUGGGUAUUGAGACAUAUUCCGAGGCGCAGCGGCUCGCCGCGGAGGUCGCCUCGCUCCGAGGGCAGCUCGCUGGGGUCACCGCCGAGCGGGACGCGGCGCUCGAGCAAUCCCUCGCCACGGAGGUCGCCUCGCUCCGAGAGCAGCUCGCUCGGGUCAGCGCGGAGCGGACGCGAGCGCAGGGCGCCGAGCGCGCGGCGCUCGAUGCCCUGGCGGCCGCCGCCGCGGAAGCGCCGGUCGCGGACGCCGCGGAAGCGCCCGUCGCGGACGCCGCGGGAGCGCCCGUCGCGGACGCCGCCGCGGGAGCGCCGGAGCCCGGCAAGGGCGCGCGCGCGGCCAAGGCGUUGACCCUCGGCGAGAUGGUCGCCCGCGGCCUCGUCGCGCCCGGCGCCGGCGUCAUCUCGCUGGCGCGGCGGCCCGACGUCGUCGCGGACCUGCUGGACGGCGGGGCCAUCCGCCACGGCGCCGCGACCUACGCGAGCCCCACGGCCUUCGCGACGGCGGUCAUCGGGAAAAGCGUCCGCAAGGGCCUGAAAGCGGUGACCUACAACGGCGCGAACCUCGACGAGCUUCGCGGCGCCGCCGUCCGGGGGACCGCCGCGGCGCCCGCACCGCCGGCCGAAGGCGCGCCCCCGGCCGCCGCGGCGCCGCGGCGGGCGGCGGCGGAGCGCGCGGCGACGGAGCCGACGACGCCGGAGCCGAAUCGCGCGCCCGAGGCGUGCGAGCUCGUCAGGACGUGCACGAUGACGCUCCGGCCUCCGCGGCGGACGGUCUCGACGGACGCGCCGCGGGAGACGCGGCCGUCCCGGGGGGACGACGACGACGACGACGACGCUCCGCUGGUGUCGUACGAGGCGUGCGAGCUCUUCUUAUCCAACCCUCCCCCCCCCAGACCCAGAAAGCACCGCCGCCGCCACGACGACGAUGAUGAGGAGGAGGCCGCGGCGGGGGACCAGCUGACGCAGGCGCAGCUCGGCAGCAUCGGCGGGCGCUGCGCCGGCCGCCUCGGCGACAACCGAUUCGUCGCGGCCGUGACCAAGGACUCGCGGUCCCGGUGCCAGUUCGGCGGCUGCGCGAGCUGCGAGCUCCGGCCCGGCGACGCGCGCCUCGGCAAGAUUCCGCCGUCGCUCCGCCACGGCUCGUCCAAGAAGACGACGUGGUACCAUCUGGACUGCGCGUUCGAGGCGUUUCGACUGUGCGCGCGGAAGUCCAAGGUCGUGACGUCCCUCGAGGACAUCGAAAACCUCGACGCGCUGCCCGCCGAGGACCGGGCCCGCCUCGCCGCGCUCGUCGACGACUACAACGCGUGGAACGAGUCGCUGCCGGUCCCGCGGCCGCACGGAAAGAAGGCGCGAAUGGUGAUGGGGUCCCGCGCGACUCCCGAACUCCCGAGUUUCGCGCGAGCGCCGGACAUGGUCACCAUCGAGGACAUGGUCACCCUCGAGGACAUGGGCACCUUCGAGCCCGCGCCCGAGCCCGCGACGCCCGCGCCCGCGACGCCCGCGCCGACGCCCGCGCCCACGCCCGAGCCCAUGCCCGAGCCCAUGCCCGAGCCCGCGACGCCCGAGCCCGCGACGCCCGAGCCGACGCCCGAGCCCACGCCCACGCCCGAGCCCGCGCCGCCCGAGCCCGCGCCGCCCGAGCCCGCGCCCGACUCCGCGCCGCCAGAGUCCGAGAGCAUCCGCGCCCUCGCUCGACGACUCGUCGAGCAAGGCUCGCGGUUCCGCGAAAAGGACGGCACGAGGGAGUGCACGUUCCAGGACAAGGGCAAGCGCGGCUGGUGGAAAGUUCAGUGGGACGGCGACGACCGAUGGACGUCCGCGCGGCCGUCGUCGCUCGACGCCGUGGCGACGGAGCCGCCGCAGCCGUUUUCGCCCUUCAAGCACGUCGAGGUGGGCUCGCGGCUCCGCAAGAAGGACGGCACGAAGGAGGGCACGCUCAUGGGCAAGGGCACGAAAGGCUGGUGGAAGAUUCUGUGGGACGGCGACGAGCAGACGGUCAACACGCGGCCGUCGACGGUCGCGCUCGCGGACGGCGCCGCGCGCGGGCCGCGCGCGCCGCCCCGGCUCGCCGCGUCCGCGCCGCGCGUGGACGACUCGCCGGGGGCCGCGAUCGCGGCAUCGGACGAGGAGCAGCCCGCGCUGCGCUUCGCGGCGGGAGACCGCGUCGAGGCCCGUUGGAAGGGCGGCUCGCGCUACUAUUCGGGCACGGUCCUGUCCGCGGCGCCCUCGAGGACGUCCCGGCGCGGCCCGACCUACGCCGUCAAGUACGACGACGGCGACGUCGAGUCGCACGUGCCCGAGGCCCUGGUCCGCCGGGGCCCGCGCGGGACGUCCCCGGCGGAGGCGGACGAGCCGCAGCUCGCCUGCCCGGUCUGCUUGGAGGACCUCGGCGACGCGACGGCGCUCGAGUGCGGCCACCACAUGCACGCCGCGUGCCUGCGGCAGUACGCCGCGUCGCGCUGGUUCGAGGUCAAGGCGACAUCCGCGCGGCGGAGCCCGCGGAAGCCGACGAUCUCGUGCCCCAUCUGCCGCAAAGUGACCAGGGAGCGCGCCGACGACGAGGAGGCCCUCCCCGGGCUCACGAGGGAGCGAAAACGCAAGCGGCCGCGGGUUGCUGCGAUGGAGCCACUGCCUAUGUCGCUCCCUUCUGAGGCCCCCAAGCGCCGCUUGAGCGCAGAGAACAGCGGGCGCGACUAUUCGUUCGAGAAUCUGAAGACGGAGUGGUCGAAGAAGGCCGAGUCGUCCAAGCGCGUCCCCUUCGGCAACGUCGCGAACGUCGCCUCGGCGCGCUCGUCGACGGGGUCGUACGUGUCGAAGCGCCGGUCGUCCAUGUCGCGCCAGUCCAUCACGAAGCCGCCGCCCCUGGACGCGAGCCUCAUGGUCGGCGCCGACGCGCUGCCGGGCCUGCGGCGGUCGCUCGGCGGGACGCUGUAUCCGUCGCCGUCGCGGUCCGGGGACGAGGAGAUCCGGAGCCCGAACGCCAAGCGGACGUCCUUCGUCGUCAUGAGCCCCGGCGCGCCCGUGGCGAGCCCGACGGCGUCGACGCCCGAGGCCGCGAGCCCCGCGGCCGCCGCGUCGACGCCGCCGGCCGAGGCCGUCGCGGCGCUCUUCGCGUCGACGCCGCCGGCGGCGCCCGAGGCCGCCGCCGAGGCGUUGACGCCGCCGGCGGCGCCCGAGGCCGCCGCCGAGGCGACGACGCCGCCGCUUGUCGUCGAGGCGGUCGCCGCGUCGACGCCGCCGCCGCCGGCCGAAAACGCCGUCGAGACGACGCCCGAGGCCGCCGCCGAGGCCGCGCAGACGACGCCGCCCGCGGCCGAGGUCGCCGCGUUCGCGAGCCGCCCCAAGCUGCCCCGGAGCCCGUCGCCGGCGAGCGGCGACCGCCUCGCGUCGCCCGCGGCGUCGCUCGCGGCGGCGUCGCCCGCGGCCGCGCCGUCGGCGCCCGGGACGCCGCCCGCGGUCGACGCGCUCCGCGCGUCGCUCCGGGGCCGCGACGCCGCGUUCGCCGCGCUCGAGGCCGAGGUCGGCGCGCUCCGGCGCGAGACCGUCGCCGCGCGCGACGCCGCCGCGCCGCCGGCGGGCGACGACGCCGCGGGCCUCGCCGCCGAGCUCGCCGCGGCCCGGCGCGACCGCGACGCGCACGCGCGCCGCGCGGCCGCCGAGGCCGCGCGCGCCGCGAGCGGCCGCCUCGCGGCGGCCGCCGCCGCGCACGCGGCGCGCGACGAGGCCCUCGGUGCCCUGGACCGCGAGCGCGUGCGCCGCGCCGCGGACGUCGACGCCGCGCGCGACGCCGUCGUCGACAAGGCCAAGGCGCAGUUCGCCGAGGCCAAGGCCGAGUACGCGCGGCUCCGCGACGAGCUCGGCGCCGCGGAGCGCGCGCGCGACGCCGCCGACGGCCGCGCGGCGGCCGCCGAGGCGUCGGUCGCGCGCGCCGCGGCCGAAACCGAGCGCGCCGCGGCCGCCGCGGCCGCGAAGAUCCGCGCGGACGCGGACGCCGCCGCGGACGCGCGCGCCGCCGCGGAGCGCGGGGCCCACAAGACGGCCCUCGACGCCGCGCGCAAGGCGGCCCGCGACGCGGAGUCGCGGGCCACGGACGCCCAGGCCGCCGCGAACCUCGCGAGCACGCGCGCGGUCGCCGCGGACGCCAAGUGCGCGCGCGUCCAGGCCGAGCUCGCGGAGGUCCGCGCGAUCUCCGACGAGCUCAUGGCCAUCGCCGAGGCCCGCGACCGCGCCCAGAAGGCGCCGCCGACGACGCCCCACGGCCUCAAGGGCCUCGUGCUCUGA